CACUCUUAAGCAUUCUUCCUUGAGAAAAAUUGAACUCCGAGUCCGGGUAAAUAGAUGGACACAGAGAGGUCAACGGGUAAUGAUGAGCUGAUUUUGGGCUGAGCUCAACGUUGCGCUCCGCCCCACAUUGAGCCCAGCCCCGAUCUCCAAGCUGCAGCCAGGGGUACUUGAAAACACAUGCUGUGUGUUUUUCAUCCUGGCCGCUAGAGGGCGGUAAGCCCGCCUACACUAAAGCUAGUAGGCGUCAGUAGAAUAAGACAGGUUUUCAAGCAAGCAAGUUUUGAGUGGCUCAUCCGAAGAGAAAAGUCUGCUGAUCUGUUUUAAAUAUAUUUUUUCUGUUCUACAACGGGAGGUUGCAGUCUCUCUAUUUUGAAAUCAGCAUUCAACAGGCAGCAGGCUUCGACGUCGCUGUCAAACCACCUCGGUUCCGCGAGACUACGGGGAAGAUGGAGAUGGAGGAUCCAUGUGGACCUGUAGACAUGAAUCACAAGCAAGUCUGCCUCGACCUGGAGAAGGCCACUCAAUGCAUCACACAAGCAUUUCGGCAUGAAGUGGUUAAGAACCAGGAGCUCUGUAUGAUGAUAUGUCGUCUGGAAGAGAAGGAGGCGGAGACUGGGCGGAGCCUGACAGAGCAGGUGGAGUCAAACAAGGAGCUGAAGCUGAAGAUCGAUGAACUGCAGAAACACCUGGAGGAGAAAAACAACUCACUGACACAGGCCAACCAGACUGUGUCUCUCCUGAAGAAUGAACUAAGGGAUCUGCUUCAACAGCUGAAAGACCAACGAAGUAAUAGGGCAGUUCGGAUGGUGCUUGAGAGGCUGCAUGGCUGGGAGAGCCAUUUGAACGGGAGACACACACAGCAAAUCAAGAGUCGCAGUUCUCCUCUCCAAUCAGAACAGCUGAUGGCAGCUGAUGAGCCAGACCAGCUGAUGUCAGAACAGAUGAUGUCAUCUGACGGUCAGAUUCCACUGAUCUUGGGGAUUAAAGAAGAAAAUUCUGUUCAUGGAUAUGAGGAGUGCAGUCAGUAUGAGGACGCGGAUCCCAGGAUGGAACAGAACGACUCUUCAGAUGCAGAUACAAAACCCAAACAAAUCCAGACUUCGCUGGUCUCGUCUGAAGGUCUGGAGGCUCCAGCAUCUGAUGAUGAUGAUGAUGAUGAUGAUGACGAAGAUUAUGAAGUUGAUGAUAAUGAUGGUGACGGUGAUGAUGAUGAUGAAGAUUAUGGAGACUACAGUCGUUCAGCAAAGAUAAGAAAGAGGGGAAACUCCAGAACGGACCAGACAAUGAAUACAUCUAGAGCUGUCAAAGCUGACCUGGUCCAGGACCCAGCAAUGGACUCGUCACCCCCUGCAAGAAAGAGGCGAGCAGUGACCAGUGCUAUCUGGGAGCACUUUACGACCAGCUCAACGGACCCGACUAAGGUCAUCUGCAAGUUAUGCAAGACCAUACUUAGCCGGGGCAAGAACCAGAAACGGCUAACAACGUCCUCAAUGCAUAACCACAUACAUUUCAAGCACCCUGCUCUGUCCAAGACUCCCCCAACGCAGGGUCAUGCACCGCACCAUCUGGCCUCUACCUUGAAACUGACUGCCCAGAAGCCUCGGCAAGAUUUGAUGCACAACGCACAACUCCCAAUAAUGGCUGUGUACAAUUCAAACACGUUAUACCCAGACGACCACCCAACUGCCAAGCAAAUUACAGAAGCUUUGGGUGAAAUGAUUUGUCAGGACCUUUUGCCCUUCUCAGUUGUUGAAAACAAGGGUUUACUGAGGCUCCUAGCUGUGACCGCACCCCGCUACAGGGUACCCUCCCCCAUGCAUUUCUCAUGUACAGUUGUGCCAAACCUGUACAAUAACAUUCGAGCAAAGGUGAAGAAAUCCCUGUUAAGCAUAGAGGGUGAUGUGGUACACUGUACCACAGACAUAUGGACAAGCAAGUCCUCCACGAAUGCCUACCUGUCACUCACAGGGCACUGGGCAGGACGAGAGGUCACUGGAUCAGAGUCGGUGAGCCACAGACGUGUGGCUGUUCUACUGGGCUUGUCCGUCAUUAAUCUGGAGCACACUGCAUCGAGCGUACUUGAAAAGCUUCAGUGUCUCAUUGCCGCAUGGCAACGCGAGAUCAGUGAUCGGUUUUCUGUACAGUUUUUUGUUACCGACGACGACGCCUCAAACGCGGUGAAAGCCAUCGCUGAUGGCGGCUUUGGGCGCAUCAGGUGUGUGGCGCGUGCCCUGCACUCGGUAGUUACCGGCGCCCUGACACAGUGCCGAGCUGUGAGCCACGCCAUCACAAUCGGCAGGAAAAUCACAGCGUUUGUGCAUAGCUCAAACGACGCCACCGUGAAACUGCACCAAAUCCAGGUGGAGCUUGGACUCCCCCUGAAUACCAUGGUGCUCGAUGUGUCCACUAGGUGGAACUCUACUUUCCAAAUGCUCCGGCGUCUUCUUGAGCAGAAAAGUGCAAUUGUCGCCAUGGGAACACAGUUGGACUCGGCAGGAUCAUUGUCACACCACCAGUGGGAAUUAAUUGAGGCCACGCUGAAGAUACUGCAGCCUUUUGAGGAAGCAACUCGGAAUGCUUUUGAGGAUGGUACAUCUCUGUCUUCCGUCAUCCCGUGUGUGCAGGCCCUCAAAGCGUCUAUAGGGAAUCUGAAGACGACUGCAGGAGUUCAGGCCCUGCCCGAGGCUCGCAAACUGGCAAUAUCCUUAGAGGCGCUGCUGGUUGAGCAAUUCCAGCCAGUCUUGCAAGACCCCACUGGUCCCUACUUUAAGGCCACUCUCUUGGAUCCCAGAUUCAAGAUGAUGCCAAGUUCACUUCUCAGUGAGUCAGACUUUAAUAGGCUGAAGGCUGAAGUUGUUUCUGAGGUUGAGGAGAGGCUUGGUCACCUGGUGGGAGAACCUGAUGAUGCUGCGGCCACUAGCGAUUUGUCCACUGCAGCCGCGGAAGAGGACACUGUCCGGAAGAGCCUCUUUUGGGGGGCGAUGCAAAGUAUGUCACAGAAGUCUGAGAGGUCUGCGAAAACUCACCUCUCCUCCAGCAGCAUCGUAGAAAACUAUCUAGCGGAGUGCAACACGGUAUCGCUCUCGUCCGAUCCACUGGUCACCUACUGGUCAAGGAAGAUGGUCACGCAACCAGCAUUGGCUCACGUGGCGGUGAAAUAUCUGACCUGUCCCCCAACCAGCGUCUCAUCAGAGCAACUGUUUAGCACAGCAGGUGAUGUUGUGUCUCCCCAUUGCUCUACACUGCUCCCAGCCCACGCCCAACAGCUGCUGUUCACCAAAUUCAACUUGGAGAAGUUUGAGUAAUUGAGUACAAGUUGGUGUGUUACAAUAUGAACAAUACUGUUCUGAUUUAAUAAA